CAACGAUGUUAUCGAUAGUGCUGUCGCUGAUGCUCUCUGCAAAAUUAUGUACAAAACUUGUUAAAACAAAAUAAGCCCAGAAGCGAGCAGUUUAAAAAGAAAGAGCGGCGUGAGUGUAGAAUGCAAUAAUUGCUGCCAUGAAAAAGGCGAAGGGAUCGGGCUCCCUGGGAUCGAAGGGAUUAUCCCGGGGAUUAUCUUCUGGUCUCGUGGUGUCCAAGGGCUCCUCAGGAUCGGGAUCAGCAUCAGCAGGACUAGCGGAAUCCUCGGUGGCAAAGCGAGCCGCCAAGGAGCAGCAAGAGCCGAAGAACAAGGAGUCGCAGGCAGCCAAGGAAUCAGCUGCAGCAAAAAAGAAGAAGCCCUUGAAGGAUGAGCCCUUGAAGGAGGAGCCCUUGAAGGAGGAGCCCUUGCAGGAUGCACCCAUGAAGGAGGAGCCCUUGCAGGCUAAGUCCAUUGUCACAAUCUCCAUUCCGGCAAUUGAUAAGCUGCGCCGCUACUGCUUCAUCGGCUCCACGGAUUGCCCCGUCUACGCCCCGCCCACGCUGGACCUGGCCGUCGAGAUUAGCUUCAGCACGCUGCGGGACCUCUGCGCCGAAGUGACCGACGCCGAGCUGGCCGAGUGCCUGGCGGGUGUGCUGGGCAGCGGACCGAAUGCGGAGCACCUGCCGCGCCCGAACGAGCCGCUGCUCAUCCUGGCCGUCUUCCUCAGCACGCGCGAGGACGAGAAGCAGCGCAAGUUGGUGCGCAGCAGGUUCCCCGACCUGAUUACCAGCGAGUCGGACCUCCUGCUCUUCGUGCAGCUGGUGAGGCGCGUGCAGAAGCUGCUGGACCGCCAGACGCCCUUCAACCGCACGGUGCGCAAGGCCAUCCUGGACUGGUAUGGCCACCAGUCGGUGGACCGCCUGCUCCACCUCUGGUCGGUGGGCGACGGCACUCGGUGGGCGGCGCACCGCGAUCUGCUGCACCGCUGUCACUUCCGGGAUGCCGACUUCCGACCCGAGGUCAUGGCCGCCCUGAAACUCCUCUCCUCGUCGCCCAAGGAGCUGGCCCAGUGGCCCACUUUCCUCACGCCCCUGGCCAACUGCCGUGCGACAAUCGAGGGCGUGCUCAAGCUGCGCCUCCUGCAGGAUCCCGAACAGGCGCUGCCCAUUGUGAAGAAGCUGUCGCUCAGCUGGGAGCAUGUGCCGCUGCAGCUGCUCAACGAUCCGGCGCUGGCCAAGUUCCUUGUUCCGCGCAUGACCUACGACCAGCUGCUCCAAUGCUGGCCACGCCUCUCGCGGCUGCACAGCCAGGUGCGCGCCUUCGCCGAUCAGCUGCUGGACGAGAAGAAGCUGAAGGCGGGCAAUGUGCCGCCGGUGCGGCUCCUGCUGGAGGACAUGCGCCUGCGGAGGCCCCGGAAGGUGGUGAUAGUGUGUCCAACGCGCACGCAAAGGGCGAAUUUCCUACACAGCGUGUAUGAGGCAUCCUUUGGCCAGAACAAGGCGCUCGGCAGGCGGCUGCACAUCACCCUCAAUCUGGAGCAGUUCUACUUGGGCAAACACCUUUCCGGUCGCUGUCGCUCGCUCAAAUACCUGGAUGCCCUGGUGGCCCUGGCCUUUGGCUACUUCCGCAGCGAUCCCAAGGUGACGGUGCAGUUCUGGCACGACCGCAGUGGCCAGCUGAAGACGCUGCCCUGGACCAAGGAGAUGUCGCUGGCGGAGGCCACCGCCUGCUGCCAGAACCAGAAGGUGCUCAAGACCAAGCAGACGCUGACGGAUGUCCUGGACAGAGCGCUGGAGGAUGAGAAGAACACGUACGAUGUGUUCCUGGUGCUGGUGCCGGGUGCCGGGCGAGGGAAUCCGGGCAACAAUUCCAAGAGCUUGGCUGCCCUAAUGGACGACUACCGUGAGAAGCGGAGCUCCAAUGCCAAAUUCGUUAUGGUGAGCCUGCGGCAGCAUCACGCCUCCAUGAUGUAUUCCGGCGCCCGCAACGAGAACCUGCUGGAACUGUGCAGCCUGGACGAGCACACGCCGCGCCUGAUCAACGCGUUUGCCCGCAGGAAGUUCUACUAGAAUGGCGGCAGUCUAGGCGGAGGCUGCAGAGGAGGAGGAGCCGCCUAGGGAAUCAUCGACGAUUCCCAAUUAAUCACACAGCUGUUCCAAAGCAAAGCAGUUCCAUUUGUUGAAGGACGAUGGCCCCCGGUUCGUUGCCAUCGGCCAUCUCUCUCGCUUUCAUAGACACUAGGUCCCGUCCACGCACCAGUCCAAGUCCCCAUCCUAAUCCCAAUCACAAUCCUGCUCCGAAUAGUUCACAUGUAACACAUACACAAUAUUCGUAGAGCCAGGCCAACUAACAUUACUACGUACAUACGUAUGUACUAAUAAUGGUAGUAGUUACACCCCGGAAUCGAAUCCACAUUUGCAAUCGGGUUAGAUACUUUUAACGCUCGUUUUGUGUCAUCACCUUUGUAUUCAUAUUUGUAUUUGUACUAGAUUUGGUGGAUUUAUUUUUUCAAAUCAAACUGAAUCAACUGAACUGAACUCAAUCUAAAUUCAAUUUGGAUUUAAAACAAUCUCAAAGCAAAAGCAAACGCAAGCGCAAACAACAAAUAAACAAACAAAAUAAAAAAAGAAAGAAAGAAAGAAAA